AUGCUAUCUAGGAGGUUGGCUAAAUGGAUGCUUUUACUGUCAAAAUACAUGAUCACUUAUGAACUGGCAAAAGAAGUAAAGGGACAAGCAGUGACAGAUUUCUUAACAGCCCACCCUGUACCGGAUAAUGAAAUGAUCAGUGAUGACUUUUCGGACGAGCAGGUAAUGAUGACAGAAUUGCCUGAAGAGAGGAAUGGAGAAAUUAUGCCAGAAGUUCGUAUCCAGCAUUCAUUCUUGACACCCUACUAUCCGCUGGCUAAUGGGCUGGCUGAAGCAUUCAAUAAGAUGAUUGUGAAGAUAUUUAAGAAAAUAGUUGUAGGAAGUAAGCGUGAUUGGGAUGAGAAGUUGCAAGAAGCCCUAUGGGCCUAUCAAACUACUCAUCGUAUUGCUACGAAAGCAACGCCAUAUUCUUUGUUUUAUGGAGUUGACUACGAAAAGAGCAUCACGUGCACCCAAGUGGGCAGUGACCUAUGUCGUCUGUACAGCUUCAGGCAGCGUCAUGUGGGCAGCCAGAGAGCACCCCCUCGUGAAUGGGUCUGA